AUGGUUGGCGUCCCUCGCAGUACUGGAUGUCAACUGUGUCGAAAGAGAAGAGUCAAGUGUGAUGAGGUACGGCCAGAGUGUGGAAACUGUCGCAAGUAUGGCGCCGAUUGUCCUGGAUACGACCGUGGCAUCAAGUUUGUAUCUGGAAAGCAUGUCAUUCGGCAACGGAAGAAGGCAGGGGUCAGCGAAAGCAGUGUGUCGAGCAAAGAGGGAUCGCCAUUUUCAGCAGCAUCCAGUAGAAGUGCUUCUACAAAGGGAUCGUCUCCGGCUUCAGAGUCAACCACGUCUUCUAUGCUGCUACGUUCGCCCGGUCCCAACAGGGGGGAUUUCGUCAGCACAAUCGUGGCUUCUGUGAAGGCGGAUAUUUCCAAGGCAGACGUGUCCGGGUUUCUGUCCUGGUGUGAAAUGAACAAGUUGGGAGAAAAGGCAGUUUUGGAUGGCGCCAUGUGUUCCUUGGCUUUGCACCUCGUGGGUAAGGAGAACAAGGACGAUGGCAUUGUUGCACAUAGUAGGACUAUAUAUGGACAUUCCCUGGUGCAGUUGCAGACGAGCUUGAGGCAUGCCACGGAGUGGAAGCAGUCUGAAACGCUGUGUGCCGCCAUGUUGCUUUGUAUAUUUGAGCUGUUUGCUGGGACAAACUCUUCCGAUUCGUGGCUCAUGCACGCCAGAGGUAUAGGGACGUUGAUAGAGCAACGAGGACCGGCUGCUCACGCUGAUGGGUGGGAUGCUGCCAUGAUUUUGGCAUUUCGAGGCGUCCUGAUCAUGUGUGACAUGUUUUUCCCCAUAGGCGAAGACUGCUUCCUCUCCCGCCCGGAAUGGAAGCCCAUAAUCCGCGAUGGUGGCCGCCAUAUACUUCACCCUGCGGACCACCUCGUCCACACGAUUCACACCAUCGACGAGUUCUUUGAACGCCUGGCGGAAAUGCCCAGCGUCUUAGCACCCGCAUAUGUCCUCCGGGAGUCCAAGGCAAUGGGCACGCUGAGGCAGCCAGAGGAUGUGAAGAUAGCCGCCCUGGCCCUCCGUUCCAUUGAGAUUCGAAGGCUCUUCAAUGCCUGGUUCGACAAGUUUACUACGAUUGCGCCACUACCAUAUGACAUUCCGUCUCAGGACCCAGACUCCCCGUUUGACUUUGUCUUGCAGUAUAAGAUGUCUUGGAUGGGAUCCAUGUAUGUCGGUUACUGGGCUUGUCUUCUGAUCCUGCAGGAGGCCCUGGUGCAGUGUGAGUGGCCAGAGGAGAUUGAACAGUCGAGAGGCGAGCUGGUUCGGAAUAUUCUACGCUCGGUUGAAACUGUUGGGGCGGGCACAAUGGGCCCGUACAGGGUUGGAUUCGGUAUACGGAUAGCGUACGAGUUUGCGAGUGCAGAGUCACAGCUGUGGGUGAGGAGGGUGCUGGAUCGGUUUACCAAGACAUACGCCGCUACAGACAAGGCGACGUAUCCUGAGCCGAGGACUGAUGACGGUGGAUAUUCGUAG